AUGGCCACCACAGCUACUUCAGCCGCCGGUCCUAUCGAGCAGGCUAUCAGAGAGAAACUAUCUUCCACUUUCAAGCCAAGUGUGCUGGAAAUACGCAAUGACAGCUCUAAGCACCAGCAUCAUUCCGCCAUGCGAAAUAAUACCAGCGGCGAAACUCAUUUCUCAGUUCAUAUCGUUUCGGCCCUUUUCGAAGGCAAGGCAACUCUACAACGGCAUCGACUUGUUCACAGCACACUGCGCGAAGAAUUAGAGGGAGGACUACAUUCGUUAUCUCUCAGCACGAAAACUGAACAAGAAGUCGCGGAGUCUCCGAGUCAACAGUCCUAA